CGAAGCGUUCAGAGUUCAUUCACGACCAGACGGAGCUCGGUGAGCGCGCGCUGCACGGGAAACCCCCCAAAAACAAACAGCAUACACGCGCUCACACCUCUGCGACACACUUUUGGAUUACAUCAAGGGAGGAAGACGCUCUUUAUUACCGAAAGGAUUCCUGUUCAGUCUUUUUUUUUUUUUUUUUUUUAUUUUAUUGUUGUUGUUUUAUUGUUGUUGUUGUUUUAAAUCACGUUGACGGCGCGUGCACGAUGCAGCGCAGAUAAAGGAGAAGGCUUCUUUAUUUCUGAUCACUUGGAACGCGAUGAUCGAGUCGAUCGCGUUUCGGGGAUCUCGAGUCUUCGCCAGCGACCGUGUGUGCGGUCCGUUCCUCCAUGGGAAGCAGUGAAAGCGCGCGAGAGCGGAGAUGAGAGCCGCGCUCUGCUGCCUCCUCGCGUGCUGCUGCUGCUGCUGCUGCUGCUUCUCCGUGCCGCACGCCGCCGCCGCCGCCGCAACCGGGGAGGCGUCGAUUCCUCAAGAGCUAAUUGAGAGGCUGUCCAACAGUGAGAUCCGCACCAUGAGUGACCUCCAGCGACUUCUGGAGUUACACUCUGCAGAGAAUGAGGUGGUUCAGGAGACUAAAUGGCGCUACAGCAAAGAACAUCUCGACCACAACGGCAACCUCAAGAGCUCACACACACGCCCAAGACACAAGAGGAGCAUUGAGGAAGCAGUCCCAGCCGUGUGCAAGACUCGGACGGAGGUGUACGAGAUCCCGCGCUCUCAGGUGGACCCUACAGCGGCGAAUUUCCUCAUCUGGCCACCAUGCGUAGAGGUGACGCGGUGCUCGGGCUGCUGCAACACCGGCGCCAUGCGCUGCCAUGCUACCAAAAAACAACACCGGAAUGUCAAGGUGGCUAAGAUCGAGUAUGUGCGUCGCAAACCGAAGCUGCGGGAGGUGCAGGUGCAGCUGGAGGAUCAUCUGGAGUGCGUGUGCGUGUCCAAACACCACACAGAGUCCCGCUUACACACAGGCCACUCUAGGGCGAGAGCUAAAAAGAGGAAAAGGAUACAGGAAAAGUCGGAAAAAAAAACAGAAAAAAUGUACACAGUCGGUUCUUAGUCUAACAUUGCCGCUGGACUGAGUUGGCAGAUGUACGGUGAAUCUGACUGGAUCAACUUGGAGAGUGUGUGGUGAUAAAGAAGGGCCAGCCAUCUUGUCCAAUCAAAAUCUUUGGUUCCAUCUGACAUCCAGCAAAAAGGCAGCCCCAAGCAAACAAUCACCGCAAUCCACUCACCUGGCCUGGAUUAAGCUAAACGGACCGUUGUUGAGCUUUCAGACUUUUGGACUGGAUGUCUCUUGAACUUUUUGAUUAAAAAAAAGUGAGACAAAAACACACAAAGGAAGCAAAUUUGCCUCAUGGAUGGAUUUUUUUUUUUGUCAAAACUAUAAAGACUGCAAAUUUUCCUCGGCUUCAGCAUGGAGUCUGAAUGCUCAUAACGGACGGUCCCGGCUUGGAUCUUGGAUCUACCAUGUAAUGGACAGACACAACUAUUCACUUCUAUAGCAAGAUUCCUUUCUUCCAGCAAACACUUUUUUCAGUAUACACUCUUAUUUUUGUAGCCCCAUUUUCUAUUGAGAUUCAUAUGCUGUAUGUACAGUAGAAAAACAGCCUUCAAUAGCCUUUAAUAAACUAUUUAUAAGUGCA